UACACAAUAUGGCUGACAAAGUUUCCUCACAUGGGGAUAACACAGACGAAAGUGAAUUAUUAAGUGUCCAAAAGAAAAUAAGUGAAACCAGUCUUCAAGCAGAUGCAUCUGCUAACGAAGACGAAAAGAACGAACGAAAAAUAACUCAAACAGAUCACUUGAACAAGAAAUUGCUUGGUGCCUUCCUGUCUCGCCUGAACACCAACGAGAAUUCUGUUGCUCUUGCUGCCAAUAAACCGGAGGAAGACGAAAGGAAGGAAGACAGUUUUGACGAGCAUAACUAAUCACUAUGGCAAGAAACUAUUUCGUAAUUGGCAUUUCAGGUACAACAAACAGUGGGAAAACAACUGCUGUGAGAAAACUACGUGCAACUUUUCCUGGGUCUACCACAAUGUGUCAAGAUUGCUACUUCCUGGAUCCUCAUGAUGAAAGGCUAGAGAUGAUACCACAACGAAACCAUGCCAACUGGGAAAAACUGUCUGCAAUUGAUAUGAAGUCAAUGGUGAAUAAUGUCCAUAAGUGGAUACAGUACCAACAAACCAAGAGAAGCAACUCCCCCCAGUUUUCUCUUCAUUGCGGAUUCCUGAUUUACAACUAUAGUCCCUUGGCAGAGUUAUUUGACAGGAAGUAUUUCCUCACCAUUGACAAGGAGACAUGUAAAGAUCGACGGAGUGAGAGGGUGUACGUGCCGGCAGAUCCUCCCUGGUAUUUUGAGGAGGUGGUGUGGCCAAUGUAUAACCUCAAUCUAGAAGAGAUCAGGGCCCAGAAUGACAUAUGUGUUUUGAGUGGAGCAGAGGACCAGGAGAAACUGGUAAACAUAAUAAAAGAAGAUAUCCAUGAAUUCUUAAAGAAAUCCAGGUGUUUGUGAACAUGUUGAGGUUAGAAUCUGUGAUGGAUACUAUGAACAGACCUGUAUGAAGGCUUUGUGUAUGUAUGCAAGAGAGAUCAGAAUAAUGGUAUUUACAUGCAUUUUGGUUUCUGAGAAGGUAUAAACAUGUCUCAGGUAUUUUGUUGUAUAUUGAGAACUAGACUACUGUAUUACAUACUCAUGGAAACAAACAAGGGAACACAUGAAAGUACAGGUGUUCCUUUAUUCUUUUCCAGGUUUCUUUACAAGGUAUAUAUUGCAAUGUGGGUGAAAUUCUGGAAAUAAAUAAAGGCACACUUGUACUUUCAUGUAUUCCCUUAUUUGUUUCCAUGAGUAUAUGUAUCCACCAUUCCACUGAUAAACAAACUUUGGAGGCAAAUCUUUUGAUUAAAAAAACCCAGAUUCACAGUGAAUUCAGAUUUAGCCAUAAAAACAUAUGCUGUGUGAUUUUAA